UGGGCACACUGGUUUUUUAAAAAUGAUAAAAGCAAAACUUGGCAAGCAAACCUUCGAUUGAUCUCUAAGUUUUGAUAAUGUUGAAGACUUUUGGGCUCUACACAACCAUAUCCAGUUGUCUAGUAAUUUAAUGUCUGGCUGUGACUACUCACUUUUUAAGGACGGUAUUGAGACUAUGUGGGAAGAUGAGAAAAACAAACGGGGAGGACGAUGGCUAAUUACAUUGAACAAGCAGCAGAGACGAAGUGACCUCGAUCGCUUUUGGCUAGAGACACUGCUGUGCCUUAUUGGAGAAUCUUUUGAUGACUACAGUGAUGACGUGUGUGGAGCUGUUGUCAGUGUUAGAGCUGACAACAUAUCAGUAUGGAUGACUGAAUAUGAAAACAGAGAUGCAGUCCCGCACGUAGGGAGGGUAUAUGAGGAAAGGUUAGGACUUCCUCCGAAGAUAGUGAUUGGUUAUCAGUCCCACGCAGACACAGCUACAAAGAGCAGCUCCACCACUAAAAAUAGGUUUGUUGUUUAA